AUGUUCCCUUGUCCAAGAAUUUCAAGUUAUACAGUUAUAUGUAAUACAACAAAUGAAUAUUGUUCAUGCUAUGACACAAACGAUUUGCUUAUUGGAUGCUUCAAACAACGCCUUUAUGGUGACGGUUGCUAUCGUUCGCAAGAAUGUGCGAAUAAUUAUAAUCUUCAAUGUAAUACAAGUCUAUAUCAAUGUCAAUGCCUUGAUCAUUAUUAUUAUAAUGGAAGUACAUGCAUGUCAAUGAUAACAUACAGUCAAGCAUGUUCAAUACUCAAUGAUAGAUGUGAUUAUUUAUUAAAUUUAUCAUGUUUAAUAUGGAUAUAUUUGUACAUGCGAUACAACUGCUACAUUUUGGAAUGGGCAAUAUCGUUGUUUGCGUCAACAUUUACAUGUCAAUGUCCACCAUCCACUGAUUUUGAUGGCGAAGAAUGUUUAUCAUAUAGUUCAAAUUUACAAUCAUGUGAUGAUGCAUCAUCUUGUUUACCAUAUUCACUAUUAAUAUGUUCCUGGAGUUUAUGUCAAUGCGAUGAGAGAUACUGCUAUUGAACAUGCUUUUGGGAUGGUGUACGUUGUCGGGAUUGUCCGACAUCAUGGGAAAUAGUUAUAUCAAAUGGUACAAGGCAACCAAGAAUUUAUUGUUAUGUUAAAGUCGAUUUUCAUGUUAAUUGGGAUGAAUCCGUAUCGAUUUGUUCAACAGCAGCAACAUCAUUUUUUGGUCCUACGAGUCAUUUAGUUUAUAUUGAUAAUUUACAAGAACUUACAGAUGUUAGCGUAUUUGCAACAAAUCAAUAUUAUGAUAUAUUUAUUGGACAUACUAACAGUUAUAAUUAUCCUCAAUGGUUUUUAAGUAAUGGAACAUUGUCACCACCAUUACACUGGUGUGCAGGUUUAGCAACAACGUACGCAACAUUAGCAUGUACUCGUUUACUUAUUGGUGCUGCUUGCGUAACAAAUAUAGUAUGUCAUGGAUGGACUUCACGAUAUAUUUGUAAACUUAACUAA